UGGCGGGUCUAUUUGAAUUAAACCAUAAAUAAUUAAGUACUACUAGUGUAUUUUAUUAUACAAUGGAUAAUAUUUUUGGAAAAGAAGAUUCUGGGAAUGAAAGUGAACAUAUAGAUAUUGAAGGAAAGGAAGAAAAAGGUAGUCCUUCACAAAAUUCUGGAACUAAAGAUGUAGAAUCAAUAGAUGUUAAUGAUAAUGAUAACGUACAAGUUAAGAUAGAAUAUGAUGCAAUGAGUUCGCAAUCUCAAUCUGAUGGAGAAGAAGUAGGUUCUAAUUUGUUAUGUACAGUAGUAGAAGAUCAAUUGGAAAUUGUCAAACAUGAAAAUGAUAAUAGGGAAGAAGAACAAACAACGGAAGAUAUAUUUGAAAAUGAUAUAGUACUACCUCAUGCAAAUCCAACAAAUGUUAAAGAAAGAAGAGAAAGUAAAGAGAAAAGUAAAAAAGAAUUGGAAGAGGAAGAAAGGGAGAAAAUGCAAGUAUUAGUAUCAAAUUUUACAGAAGACCAAUUAGAUAGAUAUGAAAUGUAUAGAAGAGCUGCUUUUCCAAAAGCAGCAAUAAAAAGAAUUAUGCAAACUAUAACAGGUUGUUCAGUAUCGCAGAAUGUAGUUAUUGCUAUGUCUGGUAUUGCAAAAGUAUUUGUUGGAGAAAUAGUAGAAGAAGCUCUUGAUGUCAUGGAAGCUCAUCAAGAAUCAGGACCAUUACAACCAAAACAUUUAAGAGAAGCAGUUAGAAGAUUAAGACUUCAAGGACAAAUUCCAAAUGGUCGUGCCUAUAAAGCAUUUUUCCGAUUAUGAAUCAUCUCAUUAGCAUAAUCAUUUAAAACUGUGAUUUAAUACAAAUGCCUCUAAUAAGUUGCAGAAAUUAAAUAAAUAUUUUUGUAUAAAAAAUAUGAUUACUAUAAAAUGUAUAAUAUUCACAUAAAAAAUUGUUACAUUGUAAAAUAUAUCUUAGA